CGCGCGCGCUAGUACACGUUGUUCCGGUUUCGGGUGCGUUCGCUGUGUGUACCUCUUGCCUGACCAGACGGUAAAGACGUAAUAUUUAAAAAAAAUAAUUCAAAGCGUAAACAAAUACGCGUAUCUUUCGUACCGGCGACGGGCUGUCUCUCUUUCCAUCAAUCAAUCUCUCUCACUGUCUCCCUCGCCCAACAAACAUAGUAGGACAAACCAUCGUAUACACACGCGACGGCGACGACUAUGCGAUCGCUGCACGCCGUCCCGGCGCACCCACAGCAGAAGAUCGUCCCGUCGUGACCGAGCGCACGCGUACAUAAUAUUAUUAUAACGAUAUAGGCCGUCGCCGACACAACACGCCGCCGCCGUCCCGAGGGUUGACCGCCGCCGCAGAAAACCGGGAAAACCCGCCGCCGCCGUCCCAGAUGCGUCCCUCCGUGGUGUCACUCGGCCGACCGCCGUCGGUCCUGCUGCUGCUGGCCGCCGCGCUGCUCCCGAACGCCGUCCUGUCCGUAGAGUCGUCCACCGAUUCGAAACUUCAAUACAAAGUGAAUUGUGACAAUGACUACAUGACCGUCGAUGUCAAGAAAACCGAUGACAUUAAAAGCAUUUAUUUGAACCAAAUGAAAUUUUAUCCAGAGCUCGCUUGCCAACCGGUUUUCGAAAAAAACCUCAUUCAGUUCAAAUUGUCUCUACAAGACGUGUUCAAAUGCGGACUGACCAAAGUGACCAAUCAAGGAACCGGUACAGUCACGUACUAUCAUCAGAUAGUCAUAGAGAAAGACGGUGGUAAAAACUACGAGCACAAGUCUUUCGUAAAUGUGAAGUGCUGGUUUUCCGGAAACAAAAAUCACACAGUAGCCAAGAGGAAUGUGCUACCCGCCGGAUUCCAAGAGCCAGAGGACUUGGAGAUCACUACUUCGUUGACGGAAAACGCGCCUGUUCCCAUGCUUAAGGUUGGCGUGCGACAGGGCGGUAGUAUCGUUAAUGGCGAGCUCAACGUCAACCCAGGCACACCGUUGCAAAUGGAAAUAUACCUGGACAAAGACAGUGCCCCAAUCUAUGGGCUGCUGGUGAGCUACAUGCAAGUGACGGACACCAAAGCGCAAGAGGAAACCAUCAUAUUCAACGGCUGUUCAGUGGAUCCAUAUUUGUUCGAAAACUUUAAUACGGUGGACGGCGAUUUCUUGACCGCUAAAUUCAGGGCGUUCAAGUUCCCCGAGUCAACAUACGUGCAGUUCAAAGGCACCGUUAACGUCUGUUUAGACAAGUGCAGAGGGGUGGAUUGUAGCAACGGCAAAGUUGGUUUCGGAAGGAAGAGGCGAGAAAUCAGUGGUAUUCCACCUGACCCGAAUAAGGUGUUUGAAGUGGCCAUGACCACUUUCAUUAAAGUGGAUUACAAGAGCGAAAUGGCCCGAGAAAAAGUGAAAUUGGAAAUCGACACGACCGCGGACGAACGGAACCAGACCAACUCGAACUCGCUGGACAUGAGGCCCAAGGGUGGCGCCAGGAACGCCGACGGCACUGACCACAUGCGCGUGGACACCGAGGAAAUCCGCGAGGAGCUCAAGUACACGCUGCUGGAGACCAACGCCGGCCACACUCUGGCACCGCACACCGUGGCCGCGGUGGCCGUGCUGUUGCUGGUGGCCAUCGCAAGAGACGCGAUGAUGGACGUCUGAACGACGAGCGACCCCGCCCCCACAGCCGUCUCACAACUAACCGCUCUAACCUUAUUAACUUUUCUAUUCUUUUUUUCGUGAUUUAUAUUAUAUUUUAUCCAUAAUUAUUAUUAUUAGGUAAAUAAUUAAUGAUACGUAACAUAAUAUAAUGACGCCUGUAUUGUCGUUCAAAACAAUAACUGUUUGGAGCCUUCAAAAAGCAAAAAGUUUUUGUUUUUUCAAAUCGUUUAUUUCCCGCCUCGCCCCGCCCCCAUGAAAGCUUGUUUAAUGUGUGGUGAGGGUAGGACUUCGUGGGGUGUGAACUUUACUUUGUCGAUGACUAACAAUCCAGAAGACUACUCUGUUAUUUAAGUAAAGAAUUAUAAAAUAUUCAAAACUUAUAAAAAUAUUAUGACGUAGGUACCUAACACGACCAUCAUUAAUCUAUUGUUUAAACAUUAUGCACUUCUUCCACGGACUAUUAUGAAAAAAAAAUUGAAAAUUUCAAUCUCUAAACAAUGGUAGUACAUGUUUUCGAAAUGCACAUCGCACCGUGUUUGGAAAAUUGAAAACACUUGAAUUAUUACUCAUUUAUAAUUAUAUAUACGUCUAUAAUAAUAAUAAAUAUCAUUAUAUAAUUAUUAAUACAACUUAUUAAAUUAUUUAACUUAACUUACUUGAAAAGUCUGGACGGAUAGGUGUUGAGUAAUGACUGAUGAGCAAGGCUAGGAUUUUAAUGACAAAAAGAAAUACCAUGAUCCAAUAUAUACUAAUAAAAUUCCCUUACAAUAAAAAUUGACCUUAAUAAAUAAAUAAAUUAUUAACAAAUUAAAAUUUUUUAGUUUUUAAUUUACAUAAAACAACAAUUAGUAGGCAGCUAAAUAUUAAUAAACUUAAAUUUGAAGUAUAAAUAUAUUAAAUUAAGAAUACCUUUUGAUUUGGAAGCGAAUUUCAAAAGUGAAUCUUGAAACUCACCAUUGAUUUUUUUUUUUAAAAAAAAACAUUUUUUAUGUAUUUAAAUUCAAAAUAAAAACAAAACAAAUUCAAUAAAACUAAAAAAAUGCCCAUAACGCUAAAAAAUUACCGAAAAAAGGGCAAAAUAACAUUUUACAAUUUUAAAAACCUUGAUGUAUUUUCUACUUUGAAUGCUAUGUAUUUGAGAUCAUAAAAAAAUGCUUUAAAACCCUAGUCCUGCUGAUGAGCAUAAAUAGCAUAAUAUACAUUCAAAAUGUAAUUUUGAAAGAUUUUAUAUAUAAUCGGCACAAACAGUUGUUGUUUUGGAAUCCAUUUUGUUUUAAUAAUUCAAAUAAUAUUUAUUUUGCUUUGCAAUUAUUUAUACGAUUUUCUCAUAAAAUAAAUUGUGUUUUUUUUAUAAACUCGUAGAAGAACAUUUUUGUUGAAAGAUUCAUCAACCAUCGUUAAACGUUUUGUUUUGGUACUAUGAAUAACGGGUCUUACAUUGUUCAAAAUUCAUCUUAAUUAGGUAGUAUUGAAACUGAACGAUUUAUUAUUAAAUUUUGAAGUAAUAAUGACUUAAUAUGGUGCAUAAUAUAAUAUACAUAUUAGUUUCUGAGCGAAGCGAUGAAUGUAUUUUAACUUAGACUUAUGAUUAUUCUCCGAAAGUGUGCAAUUUUUCUACGACAUUUUAUUUAGUACAAUCUGAACUAAAUUCGUUUUCAUUUUAUCAAUAACUGUGAUAAUUAUAGUUGUAUUAUUAUUAAUAUUAAAACAAAAUAACUAUACACUAUAAUUUAUAGAGAUUUUUUGUAACGUCAAUGUCAAUGUGUAAUAUAAUAUUAGUUGUAAAGUGAUCAUGAUUUUUUGAUUGAUAAAAUCAAUCUUUUUGUAAUGUAAACAAAAAAAUAAAUAAUAUUAUUAAUUUUCUAAUAUAAUUCAUAUUUUUUUAUUUAUAUAUUAGACAAACUAACCAAUAUUUCAAUAUUUCAAAUAUUAAAAUACGGUUUCAUACAAAAAUCAAUACCUACUUAUAACUCGGUACCAAUUUAUUCUAUUUUAUUUUAUUACCUACCUAUUUGAUAUUAUAACAAUAUAUAAGAUUUAAAAACUAUAUAAAUAUAUUAUAAGCGGCUAGCUGCAAUACGGAAAUCGAAUUGUUUUAUGCUACUAACUACCUAUAAAUAGAUAAUAAUAUGAUUUAUGUGCUAAUAAAGUCAUGUAGAAACGUUUAAGACAGUAAAAUGUAUUAAUAGUAAUGUAUGACUACUUUUUUGAAUUUAAUUCUAAACAUUAUAAUAAUUGCUGUAAUUUUACAAUUUACAAAAUACAAAUUUUAUAGUUCAGUUA